AUGGAAACCUUGAACGACGACAAGAUCGACAUCACCAAGGAUAGUUCUCAUUUCGAAAACACCGAACUGGUUGAUGAAAUCGACAAGGAGCUGAUGGAGAACACAAUGGAGGACGAUGUCGUGGACAACAACCUUUCCGGCUCCGUGGAGAUUUUGAACGCCAAGCUGCGCUGCAACGACAAGUUUAAAUUUAACUAUAAAAUUGUCAAGGUAUAUAUGUACAAACAUUUACACAAUAUAAUGCACCUUAACGACGAACAUAUUGUAGAUCUAUUUGGAUUUUCAAAAUCCCAAUUGAACUCUAUACGUUUCGCUUUCAACAAAAUCCAACCGCAUGGUGAUUAUGAUGAAUUUAAAAUGGCCAAUUUUCAAUUUAACAUGUCCGAGGAUGACAUCUUCGAAAGAUUGAUGCAUUUCAAGCAAGUUUACAAAAUUUCAAGUAUCGUACAAAUGUCCAUUGCCAUCAAAUCCACCAAUCCCAAUAGAUAUUCCAAUCUGGUGAAGCGUGUAAAGGAACACUUCAACUACAAGAUCGCAACCAACAAUGUCAAGUUAUACAGUCGAAAGACCAAUGUGGCCAUAGAACGACUCGUGAUCGACGUCUCUCGAGACCCUUACAUGCAUCCUGUAAUAGGAAAACCAAUACUGUUGUAA